CAGGAGCGUGGACUAAGUUUAGCCCGCCUCUUCUCUCGGGCCCUUUUAUUUUGGCAGCUCCGUGUUAGCUUGCUGCCUUUUGGGAAGUUGAAGUUUUAUGUUGGAGAUGCCGGAAAGUAAAUUCGCAAAGCGCAGCCACAGCAGCCAGGAGAAGGUGUCUGGUGCUACAGUCAUCGCUCAGGCCCUGAAAACUCAAGAUGUGAAGUACAUGUUUGGCGUCGUAGGCAUCCCAGUGACCGAAAUCGCCGUUGCUGCCCAGCAGCUGGGCAUCAGAUACGUCGGGAUGCGAAAUGAGCAAGCAGCUUGUUAUGCUGCCUCUGCGGUUGGAUAUCUGACAGGCAGGCCAGGAGUAUGCCUUGUUGUUUCUGGCCCAGGUCUCGUGCACGCCUUGGGUGGUAUGGCAAAUGCAAACAUGAACUGUUGGCCCUUGCUUGUGAUUGGUGGGUCCUCGGAAAGAAGCCAGGAGACAAUGGGAGCCUUCCAGGAGUUCCCUCAGGUUGAAGCUUGUAGAUUGUAUAGCAAGUUUUCUGUCCGGCCAAGCAGCAUAGAAGCUAUUCCAUCGAUUAUUGAAAAGGCAGUAAGAAACAGUAUUUAUGGCCGUCCAGGUGCUUGCUAUGUUGAUAUACCUGCAGACUUCGUGGGCCUCAAGGCAAAUGUGAAUUCUAUAAAGUACGUGGAGCGCUGCCUGCCCCCUCCUGUGAGCACCGCAGAGACUUCCGCCGUGCGCAGGGCGGCGUCUGUUAUCAGGAAUGCUGAACGGCCCCUUCUCAUCAUCGGGAAAGGUGCUGCUUAUGCCCAGGCAGAGGAGGCAAUCCGGAAGUUGGUGGAGCGAUGUCAAUUGCCAUUUUUGCCCACCCCCAUGGGGAAGGGUGUAGUCCCUGACAAUCAUCCCAAUUGUGUAGCUGCUGCCAGAUCCAGGGCUUUGCAAUUUGCGGAUGUAAUCCUGUUAUUUGGUGCCAGAUUAAAUUGGAUAUUGCAUUUCGGACUGCCUCCAAGAUACCGACCAGAUGUGAAGUUUAUCCAGGUCGAUAUCUGUGCAGAAGAAUUGGGGAAUAAUGUAAGACCUGCCGUGACUUUGCUAGGAGACGUCAGUGCUGUCACUAAACAACUUUUAGAACAAUUUGAUAAAACACCAUGGGAGUAUCCUCCAGAGAGCAACUGGUGGAAAACUCUGAGAGAAAAAAUGAAGAGCAACGAAGCUGCGUCCCAGGAAUUGGCUUCCAAAAAAUCCCUGCCUAUGAAUUACUACACAGUACUCUACCGUGUUCAAGAACAGCUACCCAGAGACUGUGUUAUAGUAAGUGAAGGUGCUAAUACUAUGGAUAUCGGACGCACUGUGCUUCAGAACUACCUUCCUCGUCACAGGCUUGAUGCUGGUACUUUCGGAACAAUGGGAGUCGGUUUGGGGUUUGCCAUUGCAGCUGCCCUGGUGGCUAAAGAUAGAAACCCAGGACAGCGGGUCAUCUGUGUGGAAGGAGACAGUGCAUUCGGGUUUUCUGGCAUGGAAGUGGAAACCAUCUGCAGGUACAACUUGCCAAUUAUACUUUUGGUGGUGAAUAAUAAUGGAAUUUACCAAGGUAUUGAUACAAACAGUUGGAAGGAAAUGUUAACAUUUGGAGAUGCUACUAUUGUGGUCCCUCCAAUGUGUCUUCUGCCAAAUUCACGUUACGAGCAGGUUAUGACUGCAUUUGGAGGCAAAGGGUAUUUUGUACAAACACCAGAAGAACUCCAAGAAUCCCUGAAGCAAAGCCUGGCAGAAACAGCUAAACCUUCUCUUAUCAACAUCAUGAUUGAGCCACAAGCCAUGCGGAAAUCCCAGGUCCUGCAUCCUUUCUCCUGUUUGGCAAUCUCCUCUGAGUCUGCCCCUGCAGAAUCCACUUCCAUGUGGCAUAACAGCAUAAACAUCACCGACGUGUUGCUGCGGGGCAGGUGCCUCGGGAGGGGUUUAUACAGCCACACAUUCUGAGAAGCGCAUUGUUAGGUGAGUUCGUUGUGCGAACAUUACAGAAUGCACUUACACAAACCACAGUGUAGCCACUGUAAUUGUAGGUGCUGUACUGUGAGGGACUGACCGCCCAGCAGCCUCAUUUACGCCAGUGUCCGCAAACACCUGA